GGUAACAACUGAAGCACAGGCGACAGGUAAAACACCUUUCUCCCCAGACCCAGAGGGCUGACGUCAUUUCCUUCCUCUGGGCGGUGGCCUCAGUGACACGUAGGGCCGUAGGGUGGUGUUAGGUACCCGAGGCCUGGGGCGGGAGAAGUCACUUCCUCCCAGAGAUCUUGUAUCCUAGCAACCGCCCCUCCCAACUCUGUCCUUAGUCCCGCCUCCUCGCUCCCUGAGAAGCCAGGUCUCUGAAAGCAGCGAGGCGCAGGCCUCGAGUAGAGGGGCCAGCCGCUGGGUUCUCGGGUCGCGCGCGGGCUACCCUCCGCAGGAACGCCAGCCAUCAUCAGAGGUUGAAUUAUUCCUGUCAUUUGUUAGCCAUUUUAUAAAGGUAGAGAAUUAAAACACACUAUGUCUGAUGAAGUUUUUAGCACAACUUUGGCAUAUACAAAGAGUCCAAAAGUCACCAAAAGAACUACUUUCCAGGAUGAGCUAAUAAAAGCAAUUACAGCUCGCUCAGCCAGACAAAGAAGUUCUGAAUGCUCAGAUGACUUUGACAGUGAUGAGAUUGUUUCCUUAGGUGAUUUUUCUGACACCUCAGUAGAUGAAAAUUCAAUUAAGAAAAAAACAAAUAAUUUUCACAUAUCAGAUGAUGAAGAAAACAAUUCUCCAAAACUGUCUUUUUUAAAAACCAAGAAAUCAAGCCAUGAUGUGAGGAAACAUGAGCCAGUAGUCUCUAUCAAAAACGAUGACACUGCACUUGAUGAUGGUGAAGGCAUAGUUGUAAAUUCCUUAUCUGAAUCUCAAAAUGAACAACAGGAAGUUGAAAAAGAGAAAAUUAAAAUGGAAGCUAAACCUAGAAUUUUUCCAAUCAAAAGUACACCUUCAGAAAAUAACAGCAGCCUUGAAGCAGACAACCAUUUUAAGCCUUCACCUCGACCAAGGAGCAUGUUGAAAAAGCACAGCCAUGGGGAGAAGAAAGAUAGCCUAGGAGAUGAUAAAGAAACUGUCCCACAUGAAGAAUUUGAGGCACAUUCCACACCUUCGUUCCUCCCGAGGGUGAAUGGCAGACAACCAGAAGCUGAGAAGAAUGCAUUCUCUGAAAAUCUUGAUCCUGAGGAUCCAUGGUUAACAAGUGUACCAUCAUCAUCUGAUAAAGAAAAUCUUAAAGAUUCCUUUUCACUAGGAUCUGAGGAAAAAGCCUCCAUUACAGUAUAUCAGAAUGAAGAAUGCACUGAAAGCCAUAAUUCCUUGAAAUCAACUGAAAAUGAAAAGACCUCAUUUUUGAUAGACUUUGUCACUACUGCACUUGAGAAACCCAAGGAAAGUCAAGUGACUGUUGGUGACGUUGAAGAAGAAAAGAAGAAAGCUGAACUGAUUAUGCAUGAUGGCUUAACAGCUGAAGAGCCACCACUACUACAACUUCAGAGUAUCUUGUGUACUGAGUCUUCAAAGAAAGCAAUUCAAGAUAGAACUAUGAAGAAUAAAAAACCAACAAAUAAUAGAGCAUCUAGUGCAUCUAGCAGAUUAAUGACCUCUGAGUUCUUAAAGAAGCCUAGUUCUCUAAUGAGGACUCCGUCGACAGCUCCAGCUUCUCACUAUUUAGGGACUUUGAGAGUCUUGGACCAAAAGCCCUCACAGAAACAGAACACAGAACCUGACAGAGCAGAUAACCUAAGGGCAACUGUUUAUCAGGAGUGGUUAGAAAAGAAAAAUAUUUAUUUACAUGAAAUGCACAGAAUUAAAAGAAUUGAAAGUGAAAACUUAAGGAUUCAAAAUGAACAGAAAAGAGCUGCUAAGAGAGAAGAAGCCGUAGCAUCAUUUGAGGCCUGGAAAGCCAUGAAAGAAAAGGAAGCAAAGAAGAUAGCUUCAAAAAAAAGGCUUGAGGAAAAAAACAAGAAGAAAACUGAAGAAGAAAAUGCUAUGAGAAAAGGAGAAGCACUGCAAGCUUUUGAAAAAUGGAAAGCAAAAAAGAUGGAAUACCUUAAGGAGAAAAAUAAAAAAGAGAAAGAAUAUGAAAGAGCAAAGAAACAGAAAGAGGAGGAAACUGUUGCUGAGAAAAGAAAAGAUAACUUAACUGCUGUUGAAAAAUGGAAUGAAAAAAAGGAAGUUUUUUUCAAGGAAAGGGAAAAAGUAAAAAUACAUGAGAAAAGAAAAGAAGAACUGAAAAGAGCUGAGAAAAAAGAAAAAGAUAAACAAGCUCUUGAGGAAUAUGAAAAAUGGCUGGAAAAAAAAGAAAGGAAGGAAAGAAUUGAACGAAAACAAAAGAAAUGCCAUCCCUUUCUUGAAAAUGAGGCACUUCCUCCAUGGAACCCUCCAAGCAGAAUUGUGUUCUCAAAAGUGUUUUGAUAAUUCUGAAAACUAAGAUCAUGGCAUCUGGCCCCAUCACUUCAUGGCAAAUAGAUGGGGAAACAAUGGAAACAGUGACACUUUUUGGGGGGGGGCUACAAAAACACUGCAG